AUGGGCAUGGAGCUUGACCUUGACAAGCUUCUCCAAGCAGCCAAGACCACAAUGGAAGACUUUGACAAGUACCUCGAUGAUGUUUUGUACGCGAUCAUUGCCAAGGUACCAGAGGAGCUGAAGAAGACCAUGGCCCUGACACCGACUCUGCAAGAGUUGGAGGCGAUCCAGGUGAUGGUCAAGAAGACAGCGAAGCGAGAGAGGAAAGGCAAGUUCAUGCUGGCCAUUAUGGACUUCUUUGACAAGUUCAUCGAGAAGGUCUUGGUCAAGGACAUUUUGGAGUUGGCCGGUGCGAUUGACAAGACAUACCAGUUGGUUGAGAAGGGCAAGGCCGAGGACUACGUGCUUAGGUUGCUCAAGGAAUGCAUCGAGGACAUUGAGAACGCUGAAUCGAUGCCGUUCACUUUGCUCCUCACCAGCACUGUGAUGAGCAUCAUCAGUGCCAACCUGUACGUCAACCUACUGCGCCACUUCAAGCCACCUUCACUCACGAGGGAUCUCAAGUCCCAAUCGCUCAAGUAUCCAGAUAGGAUCGAUGUCCUCACAUUGAAGACCAAGAUUGACACUGAGGUCAAGGGUUACAUGCUCAAGCUCAGGGACCAUCUACAGAGGCGUUAUGCAGGUCUUUGUCGUCGAAUCAGAUCAGCCCACAACUCGCCAGACAGUAUGAAGAACUCAAAGGUUCAGUACGAGGCGUUGUAUGUAGAGGUGCAGGCACUCAGCACCAAGCUGCACUUCCCAUUAGACACAGUACACGUGCCAAACAGGUCAGCAGUUCUAGGCUACAGUGACAUGGGAGAAGUGUACAACGGUACAUUUAGAGAUCGAUCAUACAUAGUACAGGUUUGCAAGCCAAGUAAGGUGAUACAGUUCAACUUUAACAUAGUGGAAUGGUCUGUAUUCAUGGGCAAAGGAGUGUCCGAGGAGAGGCCCAUGUUGCCGCUGCAUGGCUUGUUUAAAAUAGGAGGCGGUGGCAGUGGCGGUGGCGGUGGCAGUGGCGGUGGUGAGCCAUUGAAGGAGUGGCUGAUGGUGUUCAAGAAGUGCGACCCAUUGCUGCCAUACCUUAGGGACAACAUACAUAAGAUGACGAUCAAUCAAUCAUUCAAGAUAAUCAAUCGAGUCGUUAAAGCAUUGGACUACCUACACUAUGGCGUAUACCUGUUUGGCUCGGUCAUCCACGAAUACCUCUUUCUGGAGUUCCUGUACAUGGAUGCCAACACCAGAGACGUGUAUCUGUCGAUGUUUGGUGCGGUGUCCCAGCAGGUUGUAUCAAAAGGUCCGGGCAACGUCACCUGUUCAACAGACCUGGCGUUGCUCGUUGUCAAGAUGUUGUUGCCAAACAAGUAUAACAAUGCUCUGUUGGAGUUGUUGUUUAUUUGUUUCAACAAAGAUGCGACGAUCAAACAUGUCAUUGCACAGUUGGAUGAGCUCAACGCCGCUAUCAUUAGACAAUAA